AUGAAGCUGGGGCCGACGCGGCGGCCCGACCGACCUCUCGGCGCCGACGCGGCGGCGUACUGGGGGGAGGUGGGCGGGCCCCUGCUGGCCGAGGCCGCCGCGCCCGGCCUCGAGUGGUUCCGCGAGGGCGACGCCAAGCUCGGGGAGGACCUGCGCGCCCACGAGCUGCUGCGCCGGUGGAGGAGCGGCGCCCAGGACCUCGUGAGCGCGGGGCCGGCGCCCUCGAGGGGGGAGGCCGCCGUCGGGGGCGAGCAGGCCCCGCGCCUGGCCCCCGCAGCUGCCGUCGUGCGGGGCGACGAGGCAGCGGCGUGCGCGGCGUCGGAGGCGUCGUCUGGCGCGGACGCGGACGUCUGCGUGCCGGACCUCUGGGCGUGGUCCCGCGGCUCGACGGUGGCGAGCGCCUCCGAGCGGGGCGACCCGCGCGCCGCGUGGGGCCCGUGGGCCAAGGCCUCGUCCGCGUCGUCGUCGAGCAGCGGCGGGGACGCCGCCGCGGGGCCCGGGCCUGCGGCAGCGGCGGGGAUCGCGCCGACCGGGUGCAUCAUCCAGUGGGCGGCCCCCGCCGCGUGUGCCCGGUCCGCGUGCCGCCCGUCGAGCCAGUACGGUCCACCUCCCAGCGCCCCGACGCCGCGGCGUGCAGCCACCGCGCUGGCGCUGGCGGGACUGCUUGCCAAGGCGGCCGCCCACCUGGAGAGCGUGCUGCCAGGCUCGCUCGUGCUCCUGUGCGCGGUGGCCGCGACGGUCGCUCUGACCGCGAAGGCGGGGGGCGACGAGCACCCCCAGAAGGCGGCCGGAUUCGCCGGCGCCGGCGCCGACGACUACCCCGCGUGGCCGAUGCCGACGGCCUGGCCGAGCUGCACGCCGCGGGCCUGGCCGAGCUGCCGGCCUGGCCCGCGCGCCUGUCCUGCGGCCUGGAGGCCGCGUAGGCUUCUCGGCGGCGCGUGCGUGCGCACGCCGCGGGCCUGGCCGAGCUGCCCGCCUGGCCCGCGCGCCUGUCCUACGGCCUGGAGGCCGCGUAGGCUUCUCGGCGGCACGGGGGCGGAUGCUCAUGCAGUUUUUUGUUCUUCUAGGAGUGCUGAGGUGCAUGCGUCGACAUACAUUACACUUCUCAAGUAG